AAAUCUGCUUCAUGACAGAACCUGGGAGUCUCACAAGAACCUGCUAACUGAAACCGCAGGGCCAGGCUUUAAAUAUAUAUAUUUUUUUAUAUUAAAGGAGGAAAUAUCACAGGCUGAGUAAGUGAUGAGGCGCUGUCUCUUGCUACUCCCUGCGCUUCUGCUCCUGCUGGCUCUGCCGGAUACCAGGGGGCGCUACAAUGACGACUUCGACGACGGCGAGGACCUGGCCGAGUUUGAUGACAACGACUUCGCAGAGUUUGAGGAUGUCUCGGAGGACCCGGCAGUAGAGGCAGAGAAAGAGCCUCCAACCAGACAGGUUCCUUCAUUUGCACCCGAAGAGGAGGAUGAAGACGAAGCCACUGUGGAGAACGAGGAUGGGCAGGACGAGUUUGAUGAUGGAGAUGGACAGGAUCAGGACAUUUAUACCAUUUAUGACAACGAGGAGUUUGAGGGCCAAGUCACAACCAGCCCGUCCAACAAGGACACGCUCACCUACCAAGAGGUCCCAGCACAUCUGCAGAACAGCUGGGAGAGCUAUUAUAUGGAGAUUCUGAUGGUGACCGGUCUCCUGGCUUACAUCAUGAAUUACAUCAUCGGCAAGAACAAGAACAGCAGGCUGGCUCAGGCUUGGUUUAAUUCCCACAGAGAGCUUCUGGAGAGCAACUUUGCCCUCGUUGGUGAUGAUGGGACGAGUAAGGAGCCCACCAGCACAGGGAAGCUGAACCAGGAGAAUGAGCACAUCUAUAACCUGUGGUGCUCAGGACGUGUCUGCUGCGAGGGCAUGCUCAUUCAGCUCAAGUUUCUUAAAAGGCAGGAUCUGCUGAACGUGCUUGCCAGGAUGAUGAGGCCUGUUUGUGAUCAAGUGCAAAUCAAAGUAACCCUGAACGAUGAGGACAUGGACACGUUUGUGUUUGCAGUGGGAAACCGGAAAGCCAUGGCACGCAUGCAGAAGGAGUUGCAGGACCUGAGUGAGUUCUGCGGGGACAAGCCCAAGUCGGGGGCAAAGUACGGCCUCCCUGACUCUCUGGCCAUCUUAUCAGAGAUGGGCGAGGUCACGGAUGGAGUGAUGGACAAUAAGAUGGUACAUUACAUUACCAACCACGCCGACAAAAUAGAGUCCAUCCAUUUCUCGGACCAAUUUUCUGGUCCAAAAGUUAUGCAAGAGGAGGGUCAGCCCUUAAAGCUCCCUGAGACCAAGAAAACGCUGCUGUUUACAUUUAACGUGCCUGGAAUGGGUAACACUUAUCCCAAAGACAUGGACAGCCUUCUGCCACUCAUGAACAUGGUGAUCUACAGUAUCGACAAAGUCAAGAAGUUACGCCUCAACAGAGAGGGAAAGAUGAAGGCAGAUCGUAACCGUGCUCGUGUCGAGGAGAACUUUCUAAAGCAGACUCACGCCCAAAGGCAGGAAGCUGCGCAGACACGCCGGGAGGAGAAGAAGAGAGCGGAGAAAGAGAGGAUCAUGAAUGAGGAGGACCCUGAGAGACAGCGCCGCCUUGAGGAGGCUGCUCAGCGUCGAGAGCAGAAGAAGAUGGAGAAGAAGCAGAUGAAGAUGAAGCAAAUUAAAGUGAAAGCCAUGUAAAACACACACAAACACACACAUACAUGCAUACAAAUUACACUUCUUCCAUAGCUGCUGGCAUCUAAGAAUGUAUCCACUGCUUCCACUGAUGGCUAAAAUCCAAACCUGUACCAGUUCAACAGCUCUUCGAUAUCAGGACUUUUUUUUUUUUUUUUUUUUUUAAAGAAACUGUUUCCACUUUAAUUCCCUCCUCCGCCACUGUCCAGUCGUCACCCUGUGGGUCACUGGGUUAUUAAUGAUGUGUGUGAAUUGUUUUCAGUUAAUUAAAACUUCUAGUCCUCGGGUUAUCACUUUCUCCCAAUAAAGGUGUGGUGUAGCUGUAAACGCCGCAUCCUCCUAAUUGUUAAAAGUCCCACGUUUAUUUGAAACCUGAAUCUCAUGCUGCUCGUGAUUGGAUGGAAUAAAAGCUGGUUUUGAAUUUU